AUGCCUUAUAGCCACAUUCUACCAUAUUUAUUGAGGGAAUCACUUGUACAACUAAGGGAGUUAGGACCCCCACCAACGGUUCUUCCUCCCGGUUAUGAUGCAAAUGCCCGCUGUGAAUUUCAUUCUGGCGCUCCUGGGCAUUCGAUCAAGAGUUGUGAAGCAUUAAAGUACAAGGUUCAAGAUCUUAUUGAUUCUAAGGAAAACACGUUCGCACCCAAGGGGCCGAAUGUAAACAAUAACUCGAUGCCCCCUCACAACAAUGCAUCCGUGAAUAUGAUGGAAGCUAACAAUGGAAGGAGAUUGAUCUCCUGUGUGGACGAGUUAAAAAGACCACUCAUCGAGAUCAAGAAUGCUUUAAUGAGGGAUAAUGCCUUUCCCAUCUGUAGUAAUGACUAUGAACACUGUCUGAUUAACCCGCAACAGUGUAGGACGUUGAAGUCUGCCAUACAACAAUUAAUGGACCAAGGGAUCUUGGUGGUAGACUACCCGUCCAUAAAAGAAGAUGUGUCUACCCUCGAGAUACCAUACGACGAAGUCCCUCCUCUACAAAUUCCAUAUGACUUCUCUCAGUUAACUUUGUCAACAAAUCAUGUUACUCCGAUCAUAAUAAAGGUUCCCACACCAUUCCCGUAUGUUGACACCAAGGCAGUCCCAUGGGUGUAUGACACCUCAGUCUACAUUCAUGGCCAGAAAAUUCAAGAAGAACAAUUGAAGUCUAGUGAUCCAAUGAUCAAUAUCACCGGCACUGGCGGAAUUACAAGAAGUGGAAGGAUAUUUGCACCGACACUCACUCCAAUUGGAACUAUCAAUCCUUCAACUUCAGACAAAGGCAAACAAAUUGAUGGCACUAAUCAAAGACAAGACCCUGCACCUUCCAAUGAAGUAGACGAGUUCUUACGCAUCAUCAAGAAGAGCGAUUAUCGAGUAGUUAAUCAGCUUAACCAAACACCCUCGAAGAUCUCAAUGUUGUCUUUAUUAAUGUGCUCGGAGGCCCAUAGGGAUGCUUUGGCAAAAAAAAUUAGGACAUCUCACGUACCGCAAGAGAUCUCUGUUUGUCAGUUUAAAGGAGUAGUUAACAAUAUCGCUACUAGCUUAAGCUUGGGUUUCAGUGAUGAAGAGCUUCCUGCCGAGGGGAGGAAUCAUAACAAGUCUCUCCAUAUUUCUAUUGAGUGUGUGGACACAGUCCUAUCAAGAGUUUUGGUAGACACUGGGUCUUCCCUCAAUGUGAUGCCUAAGAGCUCCUUUGCUAAACUGACUGUUGAAGGACUCGUAAUGAAGCCGAGUGAGCUUAUAGUAAGAGCAUUUGAUGGGACUAAAAGGACUGUAAUCGGUGAGGUGAAUUUGCCUAUGAAGAUUGGUCCCCAUACUUUCCUUAUCACUUUCUUCGUAAUGGAUAUCUAUCCAACCUACAGUUGUCUGCUUGGGAGGCCUUGGAUCCAUUCAGCUGGUGUAGUCACUUCAACGCUCCACCAAAAAUUGAAAUUCUUAGCUGAUGAUAAACUAGUUAUUGUCGAGGGUAAGGAGGACAUUAUGGUAAGCUACCUCGCAUCUUUCCGAUACGUUUGA